GGGAGGAGCGGCUGCGGCGGCGCCGCUAGGAGCUGGGCAGCUCUACCGGGACUGGGACCGGGACCAGAACCGGGACAGCGGAGCCGGGAGCGCGCCCCGAGCGGUGGGGCGGGCUGCGGCGCUCAGGGCUGCGCGCCCCCGGCCGGGGCACGGCUCCGCAGCGGGGCAGCGCGGCUCCGCUCCGCGCACCCUGCGCGCCUUUCCGCUCCGCGCCGGGGCAGCGCUCCGCUCCGCGCCUCUCCGCUCCGCGCGAUGCUGCCCGGGCGCUCCCAGAACCGCUGCGCCUGAGGCGGGCGCGGAGCGGCCAUGCAGCCCUCGCUGCCAUAGCUGAGCUCGGCGCUCGGCUCGGAGCCCGCGGCCACCCCCCGGCGGCACCGGCACCAUGAGGAACGGCGAUGACCUGGAAGGCUUCGACGGCGAGGCGUCCAGCGCCUCCAUGAUCUCGGCGGCCAGCAGCCCCUACCAGCCCACCACCGAGCCCGUCAGCCAGCGCCGCGGGCUGGGCGGCCUGCGCUGCGACCUGGACUACCUGCGGGGCACCUUCGGCAGGCUGAAGCUGGCCGAGGUGCUUUUGGCGCUGACCGCGUUCAUCUGCAUCGAGACCAUCAUGGAAUGCUCCCCUUGUGAGGGCCUUUACUUCUUUGAGUUUGUGAGCUGCAGUGCUCUGGUGGUCACCGGGGCUCUCCUGCUUUUGUUCAGUCUCAACCUGCACACAAGAAUACCCCAGAUCAACUGGAAUCUUACUGAUCUGGUCAACACUGGACUCAGCACUUUCUUCUUUUCAUUUGCCUCUGUAGUACUGGCUGCUUUAAACCAUAAAACUGGAGCAGAAAUUGCUGCUGUGGUGUUUGGUUUCCUGGCAAUGGCAGUGUACGCUGUGAACACGUUUUUGGCAGUUAGAAAGUGGCAGCUGAGCAGCAGGCAGCAGAGCAGCCGGCAGAGCAGCGACUACAUCCGCGCUCGGACAGAGUCCAGGGAGGUGGUGCACCGGCCCGAGAUCCAGCGCCUGGACGCCUGAGAGCCACCCCCGUGGCACUGAAAGGGAAAACAGCACUGGCUCCCUCAUGGAAUAAGGGUUUUGGCUUUAUUUAAGGAGGAGAAGGUGGAACCGAGGUUGGCCAGGAUGCCCAGCCCUGCACGUGUGCAGAGAUGCAGAAGCUGCUGUCACGGAGGCAGAAAACGGUGAUGGUUCCAAAGGAAAACCCCCUCAAGACCUCCACAUAGACAUGUGCAUAUAUUAUAUAGCUCACAGAAUAUAUAAUAUAUGUCUGUUCUGAAGUUUGUCUUUGCUUUGGAUUAACUGCACAGCUGUUUUCUUCCCUCUCUGAAGAUCCACUGUUCCUUCAGCUGCCCCAGAGACAGAGCAGCCCUGCCAGGCUGGCGAGGGAGGAGGGACACCCACGGGAGCAGAUGGAGCAGCCAGACGUGCCAAGGAGCCAGAGGCACUCAGCAAUAACUCAGCCAGCAGGGCCUGUCCAUCCCAGACUGUGUCUGUGUGUCUGUCCUCCUGCCCUGAGGCUCUGCACAGUGCUGGAGACCCGUGCCACGCUCUCCUGGCUGCUGGAAAGGGUCUGGGCUGGGCUGGGCUGGGCUGGUCGCUGCUGGCCAGGGGCAUGCACUGAGCGGGACGAGGUGGUUGUCUGCUCCUGUGGGACACAUUCCAGUUCUCAUUCCAAAGUGGGAAAUAAAUACAUUUAGGAGAUGGGGUGGAGAAAAGAGGCUUAAGGGGCACAGUAGAGAAUGAAGGGGUUGUCAUCCUAUAAACUUACAUUCCAGCCAUGGCUUUCUUUUUCUUUUCCUUUUUUCGUUUUUUUUUAAAGGUUCAACAUUUCUGUAAGUUUUUGCCUAGAACUUGCUUUCUCUCUAAGCCCAGGGUAAGCAAGAGCUAGCAAAAAUUUAUGUGCUUUUAAAGUGUUCCUCAGGUUGCAAUGUUGUGAUUCAUGUAAGGUAAAUAUUUCUUUUUGGAAGGAUGUUUUUUCUAAAAUUAAACCUUAAUUGGUAGUAGGUAAAUCUGAUUUUUAUUUUAACUGGGUGUUUCUGCAGAUUUAUUCCCCUUAAGUUUCUUUGGAAAAUGAAUUUAGCUAAUUGGAAAAUUAUUGUACUGAUUUGUUUAGAAAUAGUUUUACUUAGCUGAAGUUUUUUUUUUUCCUUGUACUUCAAGUGAAUAAAUUACAUUUUCUCUGCUCAGAACUCAAAUUCAGCAGUAAUGGGCUAGAUAAUGUCACAAUAUUAUUAGGAGGAUGUCUCUUGAUAUUUUUCUGUUUCUUUGGUGUUUUUGUCUCUGCAGUGCAUUAUUUGGCAUUUGCCUGCCUGUGUGAAGACAGUGUGUGUGGGAGGAGAUCUCUAGAACUGAACUCCUUUGUGGUGUGAGGAAAAUGAAAAUCUGUGCAAUUAGUGGCACUGUUUGCCAUGUCUGCCUGAGUUUGUCCUGCUGGGGCUGCCCUGCCCAGGGUGAGUGCAGCACCCAGAGCCUUAAGAACAACGGGCAGUGUGUUGUGGAGAAGGUAUUUAACAGGAAAAACAAGUUACACCAAACAGCAGAUCAGGAGAAGUGCCUGGGCUUUUAUAAUACUGGAGGGAGCUGGGAUAGUGAAAGUGUGAACCUAAUGCUGUAAUAUUCAAAUUGAGCAGCAUGGAAUUAUUAUGAUGAGUGAAAAAAAGGUGACAAAGGUGAUGCCUUUUCAUUUUCAAUGUAUUGACAUCUACAGUGCAUUUCACCUCAGUGGCUAGAUGGAGAUUAAAAUUCAGAGUUACUGAUGAGGUUAAGGAAAAUUUGUAUCUUCUUAGUGAUUGAUGGUUUACCAGUUCCUACAGUAACGUUUUAUUGUGCUUUAUUGGAAUGUUGUGCCAAAGGGAACACCAGGUUAAAAGAAGAUUGAACCAGCUCUUGGUGCUGGGUUAGAACAGGCGUUCCACAGGGGGUUAUCUCACCUGGGUGCAUUCCCUGAGCAGGACGUGGCAGUUCCAUGGUCAGUGUGGUAAGAAAUUACAGUUUGUUACUGCAAGAACUGCUGUGGCAGCCGUGCUGUUACCGGCACUGCCCAGGACUGGCAGAGUUUGAAAUGUCAAUUAUUAAAAGACUUAAUUUAAAAGUAGCACAAGCAUACCCAGUCAGGAAUUGUAAACUGCCAUCAAAGCAGUUUGGAUAAAGAUUGUAAAAAACCCCAAGCAAACCCAAACCAGACAAAACAAAACAAAAAAAGAUCCGUGCUUUUAGAGUGGAGCUGCCAUCUGAAAUCAGGGAGCAGGAUGGUGUUACAAGGGGAUUUUGUCAGGAGUGUCCCUGUCACUGGCCAGGGCUGAAGGAGCAUUCCCAGAUCCUCUCCUGAGCUCCCUGAGCCCGCUGUGGCCAGGGCAAAGCUCUGGGAGCUCCUGUGCCUCUUUAGGUUUAUGGAUUUGGUACCUCUCAAACCCCUGCACCUUUCCUGGCCUAUAAAAAGGGUAAUUUGGGGUUUUUCUGUGGAGUGAGGUCCCAGCCCCAUCGAGCUGCAGUGACAGGAGCAGAGUGGGGCAGCCACACCUCCAGUGGGCCCUGGGGCUGCUGCUGGAGCAUUCCCAUUCUUGCAGCUGGGAAUGCCAGUAUUCAUUAUUCACAUCAUGCCCUGAGCCUAGCAUAGCUCUCAGGGCGGAAUCCAAAAGAAAACAGUAAUUUUAAAAACACUAUCUGAUUCACUUUGUGAAACAAAAGCAAAUGUAAAUGUGUAAUUUCCUUAUUUUUGGAACCAAAGAUGAUUUUAGUAUUGUAUAGUAUAUACUUUCUAAAAAAUCUUAAGCACUUACUGCUCUGCAGAGACAUUAUUUACUAUUUGGAUUAUGAAGAAGGGAAAUAAAGUAGCUGUGAGAGACAACUACAUUUGAAAUAUUAAGAUCAUUUGAUGUAUCCAUGGCUCAUUCCCCCGAGUUAAUUUUACACAGUGUAUUGGAGAGGUAUUUUUUUAAAGACUGUUAUCUAAACUGCAGUCAGACAAAAAAAACUCUUAAGGAAGAAAAGAGGGUAGAAAGUUUAAUUUUUUUUAGAAAAGUGACAUUAAAUUGCUUCUCUCAUCCAGUUAAGUCUUGCUUGUAAUUGCUAGCACAUAGGGGUAAUUUCUUUUAGUCCUUAAGGGUGCUGUUUAGCUCCAUAAAGGGACUCAAACCCCACUGUAAAUAGAACUAAAUGAAAGCAAACAGUUGAACUUGGUAGGAGCAGGAUGCUUGAGACAGUAACAGUUUGGAUGAGUCCCCUUUGGCCAAAGAGAGCCCUUAGACCUGGGUCUGUGUGUGUUUCUGGGUGUAGCCAUGACUGAGUUCUGCAGCCUGUGCACAAACAUCACGGUGUUACACAGUGAGCUCUGCCUGGAGCAGCAGCAUGGGAGCUGCUGCUCAGUGCUGAGAACCUGUUUGGCUCUCCUGCUCACUUCCUCAGCCUCAGCUGAGGUUGGGCCAGGUCCUUGAGCUGGGCAAACAGCCCCAGCAGGAGCUCCUGAAGCCACGGGGGAACUCACUCCUGUGUCUGAGUAAAGCCAAUUCCUUCUUCCUGUCCACCUUUUCCUUUCAUUUGGAAUAUUCGUGCCUAAUGGAUCAAAUGCUUUAAUAUUUAAUUCUUGCUAAGCCUUGUUUGUUGGUCUGUGCACUGCCAGGAAGACCAGAAUUUCUCCAUCAUCCCAUGAUUUCAGCUGUGGUGCUCUUCCUUUUCCCCAGGAGGUUGGCUGGGUGUUCUUUCCCGUGGGACUGUGGAAGGCUGGUGCUGCCUGAGGUUUCUGGUAGGAGCUGGGGAGGGGUAGAGAGGGAUCUCCCUGUGCCUUCGAGAGACAGGCAGUGGCUCCAGAGCUCUGAGAGUGCAGUCUGUGCUGCUCACUGGGUUCAGGAGCACAGCAUCAGCAAAGAUCUGUGCCUUGGCAGCAGCCCCUCAUCUUCCAGUUAGAAGGUGUCUUUUACCUGGGAUUUCAUUGAAGGAGCAGCAUGUGCUGCUCUUCCACUGGUUUGUCACCUGGAGUGACAAACACUCCCCAGUGUUCCACUGUCACUCUGGUCUCAUGGCGUUGUUUCAGCUCUCUGUAUUUCGUUGCUGCUUGCAGAUAGAGGAGGCAGCAGUUGUGUUCCCCUGUGGGUUGUUGUGCCCUCCCACCAGGGCAGAGCCACUGCUCCAAGGAGCGCUGUGCACGCCAGGCUGCACUGGGCUCUUCUGGGACAGCUUUCCAUGAGCUUUAAGGUCCCUAAAUGAAUUUGGUAUUUGUCACCUCUCUGUUGCCUUGAGGGUGUGCAGGCACAGCAAAUGCUUACCUAAUCUGUGGCUUUAUUAAUGCAAUCCUCUCUUCCUUAGGCCUCUUUCUGAAUCUGUUAUUUUCUUGUCUCAUGUCAUGUUGUAAUCAUUUCUACUUGUUUUCUUUCGUGAGGAAAAAAAAAUCACCAAAAAUUUAAAAUAAGCAAGAAUAAUGAUUUUAGGGCAUAAUUAAAAAAUGAAAACAAACUUAAUAGCAGUUCAGAUAGUGUAGGAAAUAACAUCCUCUCUCCUGCUCAGCUGGGAUACUGAACAGCUUUGUCCAUGGAGGAGCAUGAAGAACAGUUCUUGUCCUGAAAGCUCUGGAGCCAAAAAUCUUCAGUAGGCAUUCAGGAUAAUAAAAAGGCAGAGUCUGAUAAGGAAUUGGAGAUAUGAGGACACUUGACAAUCCAGAGCUUUCAAAGUGAGACAUGAACAGUAAGAAGCCACAGUGGCCACAGCAGUCAUGGGGAUCUCAGGGGGUGAUGGGCUGGGAUUGUCCAGACUCAGCUUCCAGAGGGGGAUCCAGGCUGGUCCCUGCUCAGUCCCACGGGAAGGAGGAAUGCCAGGGUCUGGCAUUUCUGAAAAUCAAGUACUUGGCUUGUUUGUAGCAUGAAAUAAUGGAUUGUUCAUUGUCUGGAAGGCCAGCAAAGCUCAGAAUUACUGUGCAGAUAUGCAGAUAGAGGUGUCCUGUGUGUUGAGUUUUAAUGGCAACAAAAGCAUUUUAAAAUGAUCCUGAAAUCAGUACAAAAAUGCACGGAAUGUGUGAAAAUACUUUGUAGAAAUGUUGCCCUGUUCCUCUCUAUUUUGACAGAGGGAGUUGGUUAAAAUGAAUUUAUACAAAUAGUCUGGAAAUCUCUGAAUGACAUUUUAGAGAGUUUUUCUGGUAUAUUAUUUUCCCUGUCAGCUACUUGGCCACCUUGAUAGAUCUGCUUGACCAAGUCAGAGUGGUGCUGUCCAACCUGAAAAAGGGUUCCCUUUUUUUUUUUUUUUUUCCCUUUUUCUGUGUUUUUGGGUGGUUUUUUUGUUGUUGUUUUUUGUUUUUUAGGUUUUUUUUGUUGUUCUUGUUUUGUUUUGCUUUUGGGUUUUUUUUUGUGUGUUGUAUUUUAAAGAUCUGUCUAUAAUUUAACCAUUUGUAUGCUAAAAAUAGUCUUUUAAAAAAAUCUGCUUACACUGUGAUUUCUGGUAGCCUAAUUUAGAGUAUACAACACAAUCUAAUUUUCUUUUGGAAUAUGCAGCUUUCAGAAGUGUUCUUAUAUAUGCCCAGAAAUGAAAGUUGUCUAUUUAUCAUAGGAAUGUGAUUAGAUAAAGUAACCUAUCCAGAAUCCCAGUGCAGCUCUUUCUUAUGGGCUGGAUGGACUAGUUAGUGAAAUUGCUUUUUAAUCUCUAUGGGUUAAUAAAUAUUUUUUUAUAACUACCCACAGAUAUUCCUUUUUAAAUUAUACUUGGCAAACAGAAGAUAUUUAAUUUUAUAUACAAUAUACAUAGUUACCUUGAUUGACAUAUUUAUAACAUAGAGCUUUGUGUUUACUAUGAAGGUUUUAUCUGUAUCCCAUGGACUUCAUGGGGUAAAACUUUAAAAAGUCAGUUGGCAUUUAUGGAAGAAUAUGGGAACUUUCUUCAUGGCUUCAGAACUAGGACAUAGGAGCAUUUAAAAAGCAAUAGCCAGAUUGUUUUACAGAGUAUCUGGGGGCGUUCUUAUUUUUGAUUGGGGCUGGUCCCUGCAGCUAUUUUAAUAACAUCUGGAUGUGAGUAACAGAAUGGAACAUGAGCAUCUGCCUCUUCUGACUGUCACAGGCUAUUGUCUAGAGCACAGGAAAUUUCAGGGUAUUGUAUUGUUUUGCUUCGGACAAAUGUCUCAAUAGACCUAUUUAAUUAGAACCUUCAUGUGUCUGGAAGAAAACAUCCUCUCUUAACUAGGCUGAUUUAUCACUUUUGGUACCCUUUUAAUCCCAAAAGUAGUGUUGUCUAAAAAUUUGUAGUGAUGUUCCAGCUAUCUUGAUGUCUGCAGGUUAAAGUGGUCCUGGCUAGCACCCUUUUAUUACAACAAUUGCUACCUUCAUUUUUCUAUUGUUUCUAGUUUAAUCUUGAAUGUUUACCAGUUUCUAGUGUUGGAUCUUGUGGGGGGGAGUGUCUUAGCACUACAGCUCAUCCAGCUUUAACUCAUGCAUCACAGUCCUGGAGUAAGAAAAUAUUUUGAAGUAUAUAUUGCCACCAAUUUAUUGCUUUUUAAAAUGACUUCUAUACUUAAGACACAACAUUUAUGACAUAAUAGGACAAAUGACUUAGCUAAUCAUUGUAUCUGUCUAGACUUACUCUCUUUUGUGUUAGUGUCAUUUUGAAACUAUUUGUAUAUGUUGAAGUUUGUAAGGGUUCAGGAACCCACAAUAAAAUAGUAAAGUAUAUAUUUAUUUCUCAUUAUAAUGCUCAAAUUCGAUUUGGAAGUUGACACUUUGUAUGUCUUUUCACAGAAUUGUAAACAAAUACGGAAAAACUGCUUCACCUAGGGUGCCUUCCAUGUGUGGUACUAACACUUGUCAUUGACAGGAAUAGAGAUGUAAAUUUAUGAAUCCAGUAAACACUAUUUUUGUAAUGUGAGUCACUAACGCAGCUCUGGCCUCGCUGUGCUUUGUUCUCACCAACACCAGGUUUAUGGCUGCUGUGGUCGCUGCCUUCUCUCCCUGUGUGCACUGGAUCUGACCCUGGGGAAUCACAGGUUGUGUCUCCUUUGCUCUGCCCCCUGAGCACAUUCCUGGUGCUCCAGGUUCCCUUCCUUGGGCCUUGUGGAGGGAUGCUCCGUGUGGGUUAUCUGUAUCCUCAGGGCUGACCCCGGCUCCUCUAGACAGACUCUGCAGCCUAAUCCAAACAUUCCAAUUCUAGUUCAUAAUUUAUGAUUUGCAGCUUCUGAGGAGGGAGCAUCCAGGCCUGACCGAAAGAUUUUAUGUCUCUGGGUUACAGGUGCUGCAUUGACAGGUUUGUAAUUGCAAACAGCUCAGCGGUAUUACGGAAACACCAGGUUAGAAUUCUAUUCAGGCUGAGCAAAGGGGAUACAAUUUUCCUUUUAUCAUGAGCAGAAGUCCACUGUGCAAUACCUUGGUACUUUGCUUUUGGAGUAGAUCCUGCAGUGUUCUGUCCUGGAGAAGCCUUGGUGCAUCUCUGAGUGGUGCGAGGGCAGCACCCGGCUCUUGUCCUGCCCUGGGGCUGCGGGCCAGGGCUCCCCUGGGCCCCAGAUCCUGCUGCAGGACCGAAGGGUUCAGCAGGCAGCACAUUCCCCUGGAGACAGGUCACAGCCCUGGAGCAUUUCCCCUUGUUCUGCAGAGCCUGGAGCUGCAGCAGCUGCUCCAGGUGGUGCUUCCAGCUGGGAGCACCUUCUGUGUGCCCACAGCUGGAACUCAGUGCUGGCAGAGCAGCAGCUGCCAGCUCUGGGUGGGAAAGGUGACCAAGCUCAAAGGCAAGGUACUCUACAAGAAAACACAACCUCCUUGUGUACUUGUUUCUACACCAGUAACCAUCUUUCAGUUGUUCUUUCUUUGGUGUCUGUGCUAAUCAAAAAACACAAGCUGAAGAAUUGUAAAGUCUUGCAAUACAAAGCAGUCUUUGUUUUAAAAUCCAUGCUGUUGCAGCAUAAUUUAAAUGGUGUAUUUAUCAGUUUUAAAUGCAAUUUCAUUUUUCCAGUCUUUUGUAUAUGGGCACAAUACUUUUUGUAAUUUUUUUUUUUACUUAGUUGUCUUUCUGUCUUUUCUUUCUGUUAUUGGAAGAUUUGAGCUCUCUGGGUUUUCACGGUACUCUUCUGAUCAUUCUUCAUAGUGUUAAAAGUCUGUAUUUUUGUAUGUAGGAGAAAUGGUAGUUUUCUAACACUUAUCCCAAUCAAUAUAGUACGGAAUCAUUUGUGAAGGACUUCCUGUUUAAUAAAUGGACACAUUAAAGUACUAAAA